AUGAUUGAGGCGGGGGAAGAAUUUGGACCGUCGACACCAUACGGCACCGCGCUGCUAAAAGUUGCACAAACUGAGCAGAAGAUCGGCCAAACCGAGAAAGAAUUCGUCGCCCAAUCCGCCAGCCACACCCUGCUACCAAUUCGACGAUUUCUCGAAGGAGACAUGCGGACGAUCCAGAAAGAGCGAAAAGUGCUGCAGAGCAAGCGUUUGGACCUGGACGCGUGCAAGAGUCGGCUGAAAAAGGCGAAAACAAUGGAAACACAGACAGCGGGAAACAGCCGCACCACUGGCGGUUUUACGGUGGAACAGGCGGAAGCCGAUUUGCGAGUGGCACAAGCCGAAUUCGAUAAACAGGCCGAGAUCACAAAGCUUUUGCUUGAGGGAAUACAAACGGCACAUAACGGUCAACUCAAAUGUUUACGUGACUUUGUCGAAGCUCAGAUGUCCUUCUUCGCCCAAGCACAUCAACACAUGGCCGAUUUGCAGCGAGAACUUUCGGGAACACUUUCUCUUGGAAAUGCGCAAAUCCUUGUGACGAAUACUUUCGGGAAAUCGCUAGGAUCGAUGCCUGGAGCGGGAAAAUCAAUGGACCCGGAUGAUUUGUCCACGAAACAAGCUCGCGUUUUGAUGGAUUACGAUGCGGUGUUGCCGAGUGAGAUCACUGUUAAGGAGAAUGAUAUCUUGAUCGUCUACCGUCUCCCCGGGAUGGAUCCCGAAUUCGUGAUGGCCGAAAAGGGUGGAAGUCGGGGGAAAGUGCCGAUCUCAUACUUGGAGAUUCUU